AUGGAGAAGAUUGUGGAGGUAGGUUAUGGGGCAUCGGUGAAGGCAGUUUUAACGUUGUUGGAGGAGAAUCUGUUGCCGGAUGUGGUCAUAAGGCUACUAACGCGGCUGCUUCUCGCCGGUCGACUUCGUUCUAGUUACAAACCCACGGCGGAGAUGCAACUUUCUGAUCUACUCCGUUUUGUCAAUUCUCUAAAAGAGAUGCCUAUAGCGAUCAACACCGAGAAGCCAAAGACGCAACACUACGAAUUACCAACAGCUUUCUUCGAACUUGUUCUUGGAAGAAACAUGAAAUACAGCUCUUGUUAUUUCCCAAACGAUUCAAGUAGCUUGGAAGAAGCAGAGGAAGCAAUAUUGGCUCUAUAUUGCGAAAGAGCUAAGGUGGAAGAUGGACAAAGUGUUCUUGAUGUUGGAUGUGGCUGGGGAUCUUUGUCUUUGUACAUUGCUCGCAAGUAUAGCAAUUGCAAGUUAACCGGUCUAUGCAACUCAAAAACACAGAAAGCAUUUAUUGAUGACCGAUGCAGGAAACUUGGCAUUCAAAAUAUUGAAAUCAUUGUUGGGGAUAUUAGCACUUUUGAGCAUGAAGGGACAUAUGAUCGAGUGUUCUCCAUCGAAAUGUUCGAGCAUAUGAAAAACUAUGGAAAGCUUCUGAAGAAAAUUGGAAGGUGGAUGAAGGAAGACAGUCUUCUGUUUGUUCACUAUUUCUGCCAUAAGACAUUUGCUUACCACUUUGAGGAUGUGCAUGAUGAUGACUGGAUCACAAGACACUUCUUCAGUGGAGGAACAAUGCCAUCGGCGAAUCUUCUCCUCUAUUUCCAAGACGAUGUUUCGAUUGUGGAUCAUUGGCUCAUAAACGGGAAGCAUUAUGCAAGGACCAGUGAAGAGUGGCUCAAAAGAAUGGACAAGGAGAUAGUUGCAAUAAGGGAGAUAAUGGCAAUGACUUAUGGGAAACAAGAGGCAGUGAAGUGGAUGGUUUACUGGAGAACCUUCUUCAUGGCAGUUGCUGAGCUUUUUGGAUACAACAAUGGAGAAGAGUGGAUGGUUUCACACUUCCUGUUCAAGAAGAAAUGA